UAAGAACCCAAACUCAUAGUUCUUUUAUGUUAUUCAAAAACCAUAGUCCUUGAAUUUUUUUUUCAUUACUUUAUUCAAAAUUGAGGGAAAUUAAAAUGAAUGCAUUGGCUUCUGGUUUUGAUUUCAAAGAGAUUCAAGACAAGGUUUCUCUUCAUUUAAGACCUUGGCAUCGUUCAUUUCAAUUCUGGGUUCGAGCAGCUGAUAUUUAUACUGGCUAUAAGGUGUUUCAACUUCGAGUGAGUUUUGUGAAGGAUCCACAAAAGCACAUGUGUUAUGAUCUUGGUGGGUUUUUCCUUAAGAUUGCUCAGAUUAUUGGAAAACCGGACCUAGCCCCAGCAGCAUGGGUGAAAAGGCUUGUUACUUUGUGUGAUCAAGCCCCAGCAACACCAUUUGAUGCUGUUCAACUUGUUUUAGAGAAGGAGUUUGGUCGAAGCAUCGGUGAAAUUUUUGAGAAUUUUGAUGUAAAUCCUCUCGGUUCAGCAUCGAUUGCGCAGGUUCAUCGAGCAAGAUUGAGAGGUGAUAAGAACGAUGUUGUUGUUAAGGUGCAACAUCCGGGAAUCCAGGAUCUUAUGAUGACCGACAUCCGUAACUUGCAAGCAUUUGCACUGUACAUUCAAAAGACUGAUAUCAAAUUUGAUCUGUUUUCCGUUACCAAGGAAAUGGAAAACAGAAUCGGAUAUGAGUUUGACUUUCUAAGAGAAGUCAAUGCUAUGGAGAGAAUUCGCCGUUUCUUAUACGAGAAUAACAAAAAGACUCCGGUCCUGGUUCCGAGAGUGCUUCAGGGUUUGGCUACAAGGAGGGUUUUAGUGAUGGACUAUAUCGACGGAGUCCCAAUCUUGACUCUUGGUGAUGAAAUGGCUAAAAGAGGAAUAAAUCCUGGUGGUAAGAUGGCAACUUCAGCAAAGCAGAAUAUACUUAAGAGUUUGACACUAGCUUAUGGACAGAUGAUACUAAAGACCGGUUUCUUCCAUGCAGAUCCCCAUCCCGGAAAUAUACUGAUCUGUAAAGGUUCAGAGGUUGCCUUGCUAGACUACGGGCAAGUGAAGGAUCUACCAGACCAGUUGAGGCUUGGAUUUGCUGAUUUGGUUCUUGCCAUGGCUGAUAGUAAUCCUGUAAAAGCAACAGAAAGCUAUAGGGAACUUGGGAUAGAUACUGUAAGCAACUGUAAGAAUGAACAGCAGGAACUGCUUCGGUUGGCACAGACGAUGUUCGAUACAAAACUCCCCCCAGGAGUGGUAAUGCUGCAACCAUUCUCAGAAGAUGCUUCCAUAAAAAAAAUCGGUGUACAGUCUUUUCCAGAGGAAUUGUUUUCUGUUCUUCGUACGGUACAUCUUCUAAGAGGACUUAGUGUUGGUCUCGGAAUCAACUACUCAUGUGCGGAGCAAUGGAGGCCCAUUGCGGAAGAGGCUUUGUACAAUGCUGGAAGGUUAAAAGGUGCGAACCGGACUAAAGUAAGUAACCUGGGCAGAUUUUUCCGGAGAUAUUAAUUAGCUUGAAGAACAAG